AAAAUCAAGAAUACCCGCCGAAGCCUGCAUCAGCCCAGGUCAACAGAGAGCCCGCUGUUUUUCCAGGUGACACCGCUGCCAACGAUGAUACUCACUGUGAGGACCCUGAGUGGCCAGAAACAUUGCUCAAUUCUGUCAACGAUCAAGACUCAUCAGAGUAUGUAUUUCCCCUUCCAUGAUUCCUGAACUUAUGCUGAGCUUCUGAGAUUUGAAAAAACGAAAGCAUGGUUUGAAGGCCUUUCGAAUCCCACUAUGGAAGACAGAUUUUGCUAUGAGGCGGCGAAAGCGGAUGAUGAUGCUCGCCAAAAAAGGCUUGCAAAUAGAAAGGCCCUUGAAGAGCAGCGACUGGUUGACGACGAAGAACUUCCUUUCAACGAGUAUGGACUUGGUAACACAUCUCGAGGCCAAUUGCCAGAUACAGAGGAUACCGGGCACACGAAAGUCAUUAGUACAAAACCCACAACGGCUAGGCGCAAAAGAACCAACAGAAUUUCUGAAAGUGAAAAACGCCGAAGCAUGCAGGUCGGACUUGAUGCCAUCUUGGGGCCGGUAUUGAACAAGGAAAAGCCCCUAAAACGCAGAAACGCCGGUUCAACCCAGCCAGGUCCCAGCAAAAAGACUAAGAAAAAUAAGGGAAUAGCUAUACGACAGUUUCUUGGGUCCGACUUAUUCGAGGACGCACGGGCUAACUCUUUGCUCCCAGGGAUUCCAGCAUCUAGUACCAAAGACAAAGCCAAGGCUCUUCUUGAAUUGAUUGCUAAUGUCCCGACCGAGGACCGGAAAGAGGCAGUGUCCGACAAGCGGAAGGUAUUGGAAGCAACUCGGAAAUUUACAAAAUCAGCCAGAAGUGAUGGGAAAGGAGGCUGGAGGAUUCAAGGCUUAAAUACAAGUCUUUAUCAUCAUCAGCGUGACCGAGAAAACUCUACCCAUGCUCCAUUCGGAGGACUGAUGUGCGACUUCAUGGGGUUUGGAAAAACGAUACAGGCUUUAGCGAAUAUUAUUGAUGGCCAACCUUGCGAGCCCAAUGAUCCCUUGAGAACAACUUUGAUCGUUGUCCCAUCGCACCUCAUGCAGCAUUGGAAAAACCAAAUACUCAAACAUUGUGACAUGGGAGCCAUGGGCAAGGUUCUGGUGUACUGCGCUCAUUCAAGGAUGGAAACGCUCGACCUUAUCAAAGACAUCCAAAACUUUUCUGUCGUAAUCACAACGUAUGAUGAGGUCAGACGAUCGUAUCCUCGUUGCAUAAAACCCGAAGCACUCGAAGACGAAGAUACAAUCAGAGAAUGGUGGAGUGAAGCUUACGAAAAGAACACUGGCCCUUUGCAUCUGAUAAAAUUCUUAAGAAUCAUCCUUGAUGAGGGACAUGUCAUCAAGAAUCAUGCUGCACGGAUCUCCAUUGCUGUACGUGCCCUAACCGGCAAAUUUAAAUGGAUCUUAAGCGGGACUCCUAUACACAAUCAUAUCAAUGAAUUCUACCCGCAUUUCGAUUUCCUUGGUGUCCCCCAACUUGGAGACUUCGGCAAAUUCGUUAAACAAUACUGCAGGGCAAGUGCGGACGAUGAGGCAGAGCAACGUCUUGUAAACAUUCUCCGAUCUUUUAUGAUCAAACGAACUCACCAGAGCAAGCUUUUCUCGCUCCCGGUCAUCAAGCUUCCCGAUCUCGAUGAGGAGGUUGUUGUGGUUACCUUCUGCGAAGCCGAGCGCGCUAUCUACGAAAGAAUUGUCGAUUGGUUUAUAAAGAACAUGGAUGAUCACGCCGAGGCGGAAGACAGUAAACUGAUCCAAUCUCGGUGCUUCUUGACCAUGGUUUUGGUUUUACGUAUGUUCUGCAGUCACAUACUGAAUACUCAGAAGAUAGUCAAGAGAUUGCUAUCUGGGCCCUUUCUGCAAGAGCUCAGAAUAAAACUUUUAAGUGAUGAAAACACAGUGGGUCAAGACACGUCAAGGAUAAUAAUCAAGUGGCUUCUAGCCAUGAGAAAAGACACGGGAUUGCGCGCCUCACAGCAGGAACCUCAACCACCCUCCGAAGAUGCCGGUCAGUUAGCGGAAAAAAUUCAAGGGGAUUCAAUGAAGCUUGUUGGACAGUUCCGCCAGCUCAUGUGCGAGCUUCACGAGCAAGAAAACUGGGUGGAACGUCUGGAAAGGACUUCCUGCGCCACUUGCGGAUUACAGCCGGUAAAUACAGUCAUUACAGACUGCAUGCACUUAUACUGCGAGGAAUGCUACUAUCUUAUCAACAAUACAAAAGCUUCUACUGAAGGGCGUCCGUGUGCCAAGUGCAACUCGAAUAUCAAAGAAGCUGCACAGUGUUGCUUCAGUGAGGAUAUGGCGCUGGACAAUCCCUCGUUGUCCCAAGUUAUGCCAUCGACCAGCAAGAAGCAGCCACGCGAGAACAAAAGAAAAGCGAAGAGGAAUUCUAAAAACACCCUGAGAAAGAUCGUUACACCUAGGACAGAAGAGAGUGAUGAGCCCCAAGGUGAAGACGAAGACACUGAUUGGAUCAUGGCUUCCAACGGAGAUAUGCCUGGGGCAAAGCUGAGCAAAAUACUCGAGAUUAUCCGUGGUUGGAUUGAAAAUAAUCCAGGCGUCAAAAUUGUCGUCUUCACUCAGUUCCUCGAUUUUGUCCAGAUCCUAGUGGCCUCGUUACGCCGCGAGAACAUCCCAAGUGUCUGUUUGACUGGAAAGAUGCGACCCGAGUACCGCGAAGAAAGCAUGAAUAAAUUCUCUGAAGACUCCAGCAUCAGGGUUAUGAUCGCCAGCCUCAAGGCCGGAGGCAUUGGGCUUGACAUGACUGCCGCCCACAAGUGCAUCCUUGUGAAUUUGUGGUGGAACGAGGCUAUCCAAUAUCAGGCGUUUUGCCGUCUCUGGAGAAUCGGCCAGAGUAAACCCGUGAUGUGUAUCAAGAUGAUCGUGGAAGAUACAAUCGAUGACUACCUGUUGAAGCUUCAGUUGAAGAAGACUGCCGGGAUCAACAGCACAAUGGAUUCCAAAGUCUUAGAGAAUCGUGCCACUGUCAAAUCGUUGCUCGAGAUGUUCGGGGCCACGGUCGAGGAGAAUGAGAAUGGAGCUUUCAUUGUGACUCGCAAUCGGAAGUCGCGAAAAGAUGCAAAAUGAUGAUGCAUCAAUCUAAUUACAUUUGUCGUUGGAAUUGCGAAAUUGGGCCAAUCGCCAAACAUGAGGUGCAUAUUUCUCGGAUUGGAUUC